AUGGAUUUGCGAGUGGGCCAAAAAUACAGCUUAAAGAAAAAAGUUGGCGGUGGCUCAUUCGGUGAAAUUUACUAUGCAGAGAAUGUUGACAACAAUGAGAAAGUCGCUGUCAAAUUGGAAGCAGUUUAUACAAGACCUUCACAAAUUGCUAACGAGAAAAAGCUAUAUACAUUGAUGGCAGGAGGAGCUGGCAUUCCUAAAGUAUAUUGGUCCGGCAGAGAAGGUGAUUAUAAUGUUUUGGUCAUGGAAUUACUUGGAGAUUCUCUCGAAGACUGCUUUAACAAAUGCAAAAGGAAGCUAUCUCUUAAAACUGUUCUGAUGAUAACUCUUCAAUUACUUUCCAGAAUCGAAUAUAUCCAUUCAAAAGGCUAUUUACAUCGUGAUAUUAAACCAGAAAACUUCUUGGUAGGUUUGAGAAACAAUGCAAAUGUUAUCUACGCAAUAGAUUUCGGCAUAUCCUCGAGAUAUAUUGAUUUCAAAACCCACCAACAUAUCGAAUAUCGCGAGGGACGCCCGAUGACAGGUACAGCUCGCUAUGCAUCAAUCAAUACACAUAUCGGAAUCGAACCCUCAAGGAGAGAUGACUUAGAAGCCAUUGCUUAUAUGAUAAUUUAUUUACUUAAAGGAUCUUUGCCAUGGCAGAACGUAAAAGCUGCAACUAAGAAAGAUAAAUAUGAUGCUAUUCUUCAGAAAAAGCUUGAUACUCCCUCAGAUGUAUUAUGUGCGGGAAUUCCGAGAGAAUUCAAGUUUUUCUUAGAUGAUAUUAGAAGAUUAGAUUUUACAGAUACUCCUCAUUAUUCAUUAUAUAGAGAAAUCUUCAAGGACUUGUUCGUCCGAGAAGGAUUUUGUUAUGAUGACAAAUAUGACUGGUGCAAUCUUGCUUUACAGUCCUCAUCGUCCCUUAACCAUAUAUUGCAGGCCCCAAAACAAGUUUCGCAGCUCCAAAAGAGCGCAAUUGAUAUUAUUAGUGAUAACUCUAGAAAUAAGAACGUUCGAAGAGUCAAAAUGUCACAAUAUAUCUCAACUCCUGCCGUAAAGCCUGCUACUCGUAUUCAAACUCUUAUAUAA